AUGAGAGCUCCCUCCAUUGUAUCGGCACUUCUGUCAGGAGUCCCACCUUCCAAUAAAAUCAUUCCAGAUGUACCAUUGGCAGCCACAGAGCGUCCAGUCUUUGCGGAAGCAGACACGCACGAUAAAGAGGCUUCUGCUCCCGAUAUGUCCAUCGUGAGCCCGUCCGGAUUAUCCCAUCUAGCGGAAGACUGUGUCCCGUCUAUAGCUCAAGCAGCUGCUCAUCUACUGUUAAUGGAAGCUACGUGGGCGUGGAAACAAAAGUCAAUCAGUGGAGAGACUACCAGAAAAUUGCUUGCCUUGCUCUCGACGAACAGGGUAGGCCUGCAGCCAGACAAUGAGAAAAUUCACAGUCAGUUACUGGCUGGGCUUAUGGAGGUUGCUGCUCCUCGAUUCUACUCGUGGUGGCACGCAGUAAACCAAAAAUUAUCAAGGAUGAUGCCUGAGGAAGAUUACUUGGAGCUACCAGCCGAUCUAUUGCCUCCUAUAGAUGUUAUGAUAAUCUGGCAUGCGUAUAUGCUACAGCCUGUUAUCUACGAGGACGACUGUUCUCGGCUGGACGUACCUCAUAUGCGCCGCGUUCUCUUCCCCUGGCAGGCAGUGGUUAAUGCAAUCGACAUCAGGACGACCGAAUACUACAUCCCUUCUGCUGCAAGAGACUUCUUCGAAAAUUCAUCCGGACAAUCAGCCGAUCUACUUGAAGAGCUCUGUAACGAAACACAUCCGCUAGUUUACGAUAUAAACUGUCCAUACUGCCAUACUACCAGAAACCUACCAAUUAUACCCACCGCUCAAACCGAAGAUAUCAACCAUGGCUUCGAGCUAGAAUGCGACUGCGGCUACGCACCGUCCGUGGACGCACUCCGCAGCGAUCUUCUUCAUCUCCGCCAAACCAGGGAGUCCCGACUACGGGGAACAUAUUCAAACCCUGCUCUCGCUCAAGCAUUAUAUCCUCUAUCAAGAGCACUACCGCUGCCUAUCCUAGAGUCCUGCACCACGCGCGAAUGCUUCCUCCACGCUAUCCACACCGCAAGCUACGAAAGCAACACACCAAAAUGGGCAGUAGAGACAUUGCUAUCACUCUACACUCCAACCUCCCCAGUGACACAAGCAUCAUCAGCUCACUACUCCUCAGUACUGCGCGGAAUGCGCUUCGUCGAUGAGAUGCACAAGCAAUGCUGGCUGCGUUCACCGGCGCUCUGUGUUCGGUCUCCUACAAAUCCAUCAAGACUAGCCGGUACGCUGCCACGAGCACAGCAGAAAUAUCGAAAUUUUCUAAAUUCAGCUCGUCCGUCAAACAAUCUAUUUGUUACUCCAACAUCAGACAUGAAUUUAUUCUGGCACACGCAUCAGCUAUCUCCGGAACCUUAUCGCCGGUUCUGUAUUCGACAUGUAGGGAAGUCUAUGGACUAUAGCGAUAAAGUGAUCCAUAAAAACCUGAGUAGCUCGUUCAAAGCUACUCAGAAGGCUUACUCGGAGAGAUUCAGAGGGGUGUAUGAUGCUUGUCUUUGUUGGUCGUGCGAGACAGAGCGGAAUGGUCAAGAAGUUACUGUGUCUAAUGAUGAGGUAUCAGCAUCAUCAUCAAAGACACAGUACUACCAGGAAUGGGCACGCCGAGUAGUUGUUAUGUUCUGGCAGGAAGUCGAGGCCCGGCGCGAAAAAGGACUGCCGGGCCUGAAAAGGGAGAGUCUAGAGGAAGUUUUGGCGAAGGGACCUCGCAGACGGAGUUCAUUGGUCUCCCUAUCUUCUCUCAAAGCAUGGAAAUAUUAG